GUAUCCACGGAAAUUUUUUCUCCUUUAUCUUCCUUUCAGGCAAGAUGGCGGAAUUCGACUUGACCACGCGUAUGGGCCAAUACUUAGAUCGGCACUUAGUUUUUCCUUUAUUAGAAUUUUUAUCUGUUAAAGAGCUCUAUGAUGAGAAAGAAAUGUUAAAAGGCAAACUAGAUUUGCUUAGCAACACUAAUAUGGUUGACUUUGCUAUGGAUGUUCAUAAAAAUCUGUAUCCAGAUCAAGAUGUACCAAACAGUCUUAAAGGCAAAAGACAAGAUGUUGUGGCACAAUUGAAAAGUUUACAGGCAGAAACUGAACUGAUAACCAAAAUCUUUGAAGAUCCAGAAGUCGUUCGGCAAAUGCAGAGUUCAAGAGAUGGCAGGCAGUUGUAUGAGUUUUUAAACAAGGAACAUGGAUUUGAAGCCAGUAUGGUGGACACCCUGUACACCUAUGCUAAGUUUCAGUAUGAGUGUGGAAACUAUUCAGGAGCAGCGGAAUACCUGUACUUUGUCAGAGUUCUGCUGCCAUCCACAGACAGUCACUUCCUGGAUGCCAUGUGGGGUAAACUGGCCUCAGAAAUCCUGAUGCAGAACUGGGAGACAGCCCUGGAUGAUCUGCAGAAACUGAAAGACAUUAUUGACAGCAAUCCCUUUGGAUCAGCUCUACAAAACCUACAACAGAGAACCUGGCUAAUUCAUUGGAGUUUGUUUGUCUUCUUCAAUCACCCUAAAGGCCGAGAUCUGAUCAUAGACAUGUUUAUAUACCAGCCUUUGUAUCUGAAUGCGAUCCAGACAACCUGCUCCCAUAUCUUGAGAUACCUGACCACAGCCGUCAUAACCAACAAGAGUCGACGACGGACCGUCAUGAAGGACCUGGUUAAGGUCAUCCAACAGGAGAGUUACAAAUACAAAGACCCUAUAACAGAGUUUGUGGAGUGUCUUUAUGUCAACUUUGACUUCGAUGGAGCUCAGCAGAAAUUAAGAGAAUGUGAAGAGGUGUUGGUGAAUGAUUUCUUUUUGGUGGCGUGUUUGGAUGACUUCAUUGAGAAUGCUAGACUGCUGAUCUUUGAGACUUUCUGUAGGAUUCAUGAGUGUAUCAGCAUCAAUAUGCUGGCUGAGAAACUCAAUAUGACAGAAGAGGAUGCCGAGAGAUGGAUCGUUAAUCUAAUCCGUAAUGCUCGUCUGGAUGCCAAGAUUGACUCAAAACUUGGUCAUGUAGUCAUGGGAGCCCAGGCUGUAUCCCCAUACCAGCAGGUGAUUGAGAAAACCAAGGGCCUGGCAUUCAGAUCACAGAUGCUUGCCAUGAAUAUUGAGAAGAAGCUUGGAAUCAAGACAGGAGAUCUACCACAGUGGGGUCAGGAGUAGUUGUAUCAACCAUUUCCAUUUCUGUCGAAUUUGCCGCCAUCCUGUCGUGAAAUAUUACAGAGUGCUAAUUAUUGUGUGCCUCCAAGGAAGCAGCAAUGACAAUUAGGGUCGAAUACAAUAGACUGUUUAUUAACUUAUUACAAAAUAUGACUUGGAAAAUCAAGCGGAAAAAAUAAAACAUCAAAUUAAUGUA